GGAAUGGGAAGGGGAGCUACUAUAAGUAAAAUAUCUUUUUUACAAGCAAGAGAUAAGCACGUGGUUCAACUAAAAGAGGAAAAUGUUGAGUUUCGAAGUAGGAUACAACACUUGGAGAAUCUCGUCCAAAAAUUAGUUGCAGUCCAUGGGAAUGAGGAAGCUGAUCAUGAUCCUGGAGUUGAUAAGACAAGUCAUUUGGGCAUGCGUCCUAAACUCCAUGGUAAGUGCAACCUUUUAGAUUGGUGUGGAAAAGAUGAGGUUGUAGCUGAAGGACACUUGUGCUCUAGUAACCCAAAAGGGCUUGUUAAUAAUGCUCCUCUUGGACCUAAUGCAAUGGAAGUGAUGGUCGACAUAACAAAUAUACCAGAUGCUUUUCUUUGGAGACCUACAUCUAAUAUGUUAUGCAUGAAACAAGCUGUUGGUAAGACAAUUGCAUGGCCAGCUGAUAAGGUGGUGAGGCAGAUUACUCAAAAUUCUGAAAAUGAAGAUAAUACCUCCC